CUGCAUUGUUUCUCAGUUUGAAAGGAUGGUACAGAAGUGCAAGGCGAGAGAUUGUGGCGUAGCUGAAAAUAUAACUUCCUGUUAAGAGGCCCUUGGCGCAUUGCUGAAGGUGUGAGCGUUCUUGUCAUUUCUCCGUCUUUCGAACCUAAAGCGAGCUUGAGGACACUGGGGAGUAAAACAGACAGGAAACCGAGCCGACCGAUUAGACAGACGUGAAAACGACUUAUGGUGUCUUAGAAGAGGCACUUGUACCCCUGGUUAUGGCGACGCUUCUUGGACUAAGAUUCUUAAUCUUAGUCCUGACUGGAUUGGCAGUAUGUAUAGGAUCAUCAGCAGGCUCCCCUGCAUCCACCACUGCACCUGUCAGUGUCAGUGAAGGUGGAAAUUCAUCAGUUGGCCAAAACUCAACCAUUCCUCCCACGCAGCAAACCACCAUUGCAAAUACCCUUGCAAAUUCCAGUAAAGACCCAAGCACCUCUGACUCCACACGCACGUCCAAAGUGACAACAACAACCUUACCCUCACCCACUGCUCCAAUGUCCAAUACAACAGAAAAUCAGAAAAAAGGACCAGUCACAAACACCUCUGACUCUGCAAGCACUGUGUCCACAAUCAACACAACAUCACCCCCACCCACCAUACCCCUCACAACAGAAAAAUCCUCUUGUGUAUACACCAUCACACGUGGAACGGACGCCUUUGAAGUGGAGUUGGAAAAUAUUGACACGAAUGAAAAGAAUUACUCUUUUCAGUACACAGACACCUCUGAUAAUUCCAGUGUGAAACUAAUGUUUGAGAAUAAUACAACUCUCCAGAUACAGUUUAAAGACUUGAAGCCUUGCCACAUUUACAGAGCCCAUGUUAACCCUUUCUGUAACCACAGUAAAGCUGACACUUUUGAGACAAAACUGAUUGAGACAGAUAUAACAAACAUGACUCUUGAAAAGGACAAGGUGUGCUUUAAGACUAAAUGGAAAUUAACAACUGAGUUGUGUUUUGAGAGAAACAAUGAAUCCUGUACUGAGAAGCUCUUGACUAUUGAAGGACACAACUGCAAAAGCAAGGAUAUACGGAUCACUCUUCCUCCAGCAGAAGAUCCUGAAAUCACAUUUACAAAUUGGAUCCCCUCUAGACUAAAUUGGACAAAUAAGCCUGAGAAAUGUAACUGCAAUUUAAAUAUCAGUUGCAUCCCCACAGGCUCACAGCAGAGUUUCAUUGUAGAAUCUGGAAAGGAAGUAAAAAACUUUCAACCUUUCCAAGAGUAUAACUGCACUGGGAUAUUCCACUAUAGGGCCUCUGCCUUUUGUCACAAAAACAUCACAAGCAAACCUAUCUUAUUUACCAUCAAAUGUGAUGUGAGGAAAGCCAUUGAAUUUACACCAGGUAAUAACAGCAUACAAGCAAAAUGGAAUGAAAAUGGAAAUAAUUGCUCCAUGCCAGUUACUAGUUCUGAUGUCAUAUGUUCAGAAUCCAAUGAUUUUAAAAAAGUUUCAGGCCAUUGUAGUCUGAAAUCUCAGAAGAGCUGUACUGUGGAUAAUUUAAAAACCUUUACCACGUAUCAUUGCACCUUUAACGCAAUACAUGAAGGCCUCUUGCGUAAUGUAACUGAAGAAAAAAAAACUCUUCCUGGACGUCCCACGUUGUACACACCAAAAGCAUCUUUUGUCUCCAAUAAUGCUUUUCUUGUGAGAUGUAAUAUUAAUCAAUGGAAUGGGGCACAGGGAAUAUACUAUGCAAGCAUCUCGCCAGCCAGUGAUAAACACCAUUAUCAAAAUGAAUCAUGUUUCUUUAUUUUUGACAACCUCUACUACUUAACUAAGUAUACAGUGAAGGUCUAUGGUGUAAAUGGAAAUAAAAUAAAGGGUGAAGCCAUACAUGUUGACUACAAAACUAACUACAAUGACAGAGCUGUUCUUGGAUUCCUGGGGUUCCUCAUUUUUCUUACAUCUAUUGCGCUGCUGUUUGUGCUGUACAAAAUCUACCUUCUGAAGAGGAAACAGCUAAGUGAUGAACGUGAACUGGAUGAUCUUCUGCCUACAAAUACCCUCCUCCCAGUGGAGCCCAUUGCUGCUGACAUGCUAGUUGAAACCUAUAAAAAGAAGAUAGCUGAUGAGGGACGCCUGUUUAUGGAAGAAUUUCAGAGCAUCCCACGAAUUUUCUCCAAUUAUACUGUCAAAGAGGCAAAAAAAGCAGAAAACCAGUCAAAGAACCGCUACAUUGACAUUCUGCCCUAUGACUAUAAUCGUGUUCCACUAUCUAAUGGAGGAAGACAUGACUAUAUUAAUGCCAGUUUUAUUGAGGGUUACAAAGAGUCCAACAAAUACAUUGCAGCCCAAGGACCCAAGGAAGAGACCAUUGGAGAUUUCUGGAGGAUGACCUGGGAGCAGAACAGCUCCAUCAUCGUCAUGGUUACCCGUUGUGAGGAGGGAAACAAGAACAAAUGUGCACAGUACUGGCCAUCGGUGGAGAGGGAAACUGAGAUUUUUGAUGAUUUUGUUGUGAAGAUCAAGGGAGAGGAGAACUGCCCAGAUUACAUUAUUCGUCGACUGAGCGUGAUGAAUCGUAAAGAGAAGACAUCGGAGCGAGAGGUCACUCACAUCCAGUUUACGAGCUGGCCUGACCAUGGUGUACCUGGGGAUCCUGGCCUCCUCCUCAAACUGCGCCGUAGAGUCAACUCCUUUAAGAAUGUCUUUAGUGGACCCAUUGUCAUCCACUGCAGUGCUGGAGUUGGACGCACAGGCACUUACAUCUGCAUUGACGCCAUGAUAGAGAGUCUGGAGGCAGAGGGCCGUGUAGACAUCUAUGGAUAUGUAGCCAAGCUUCGUCGCCAAAGAUGCCUUAUGGUUCAAGUGGAGGCCCAGUAUGUUCUGAUCCACACUGCACUGAUCGAGUAUAACCAGUUUGGUGAGACAGAGAUUUCACUGACUGACUUCCACUCAGCGGUCAACACUCUCAGACAGAAGGAAGGCAGUGAGCCCAGUUUGCUGGAGAUGGAAUUUCAGAAACUUCCAAAGUUUAAAAACUGGAGGACAUCUAACACAGCGUCCACUGAGGAGAAUAAGAAGAAAAAUCGUAACUCCUCUGUUGUUCCAUAUGACUUCAACAGAGUCUUGAUUAAACUGGAGGAAGACGUCAGUAAUGGAAGUGAUGCAGAGGAUGAUGAGGAUUAUUCUUCUGAUGAAGAGGAUGAAAUACCCACCAAAUAUAUCAAUGCCUCAUAUAUGGAUGGAUAUUGGUGUCCAAAAGGCCUGAUUGCUGCGCAGGGACCUCUGUCAGACACAGUUGCAGAUUUCCUGCAAAUGCUUUACCAGCAUCGGGUUAAAACUGUGGUCAUGCUCUCAGACUGCACAGAGAACGGGCAGGAGUUCAGCUCUCAGUACUGGAAUGAUGAGAAGAAGGAGUUUGGUGAGAUGGUGGUAGAGGUCAAAGAGACUGAAACCUUCCCUACAUACAUCAGACGAAGGCUAGAAAUACAGCACACAAAGAGGAAAGAGAGCCACAUGACGGAGCAGUACCAGUUCCUGAAAUGGGCGGGAAAUGAGCUUCCGCCAAACCCUUGUGACUUGGUUGACAUGAUGAAGAGCAUCAGGCAGAACGGUGGCUAUAAAAACAGCCGAGAAAACAGGGGUGCACCCGUCGUAGCGCACUGCAAUGACGGGUGCUCGCGUUCUGGAAUCUUUUGUGCUCUGUGGAACAUUCUGGAUAGUGCAGACACGGAAAAGCUGGUGGACGUCUUCCAGGUGUCCAAACACCUACGAAAGGAGAGGCAAGGGAUGAUCACUAGCCUUGAGCAGUACCAGUUCCUCUACGCAGCUCUGGAGGUGGCUUUUCCUGUGCAGAACGGUGAGGUGAAGAAGAGCACAGCCACUCCUGACACCGUGCAGGUGAUCAACGAACAGACGGCACUGAUGAGCGCUACCAGUGAAGACCAAGAGGGGGCAGAAAGCAGCCAGCAAGUAGAGCAGAAGGCAGAUGCUGAGCCCACUGAGGCCGCCAAGGCCGCUGAGCCCACAGAGCCCACCGAGACCGCCGUGACCAGCGAGUCCAGCGAGCAGACAGAGAAAGCCCCCAGUGAAAGCACCACCAACGGUCCUACUGUUUCUGUAGAGGUUUAAACCGCAUAUAGCGCAGCCUUCUAACUUUAGUUUUUUCAUUGUCUGUUUCUUUACAACAUUUGAGAACGCCAGCAGCCGUGUACAUUGUGUGAACAUAUAUGAAGAUCUGGCACAGUAGAAAUUUUCAAAAGCAAACCUGUGUAAUAUGGUUUGCAUUGCAUUUACUUCUACUUAUAUUUUGUUUAUAUUUCCAUUGUACAUUUUUAGUUUUGAGCAGUUCCUUUUUGAAGCCUCUUGAACUCAAAGAAACUUUCUUACCUCCUCAGGAAGCCAGAACACAGGGGGUUUGCAUUCAGAUGUUUACAUACAAUCACAAGAUAAACAAGAAAAUGCAGGAGCAAAACAUGUUUCUUUGAGUACUAACUGCUUAGUUUUAAACCUGGAGCUCAGUCUGUGAAUUUAACGAGGUGACAGUGACUGCUCUCUCUCUUUCAGUUUUUUUUUUUUUAAUGUAAGAAAUUGGUUGACAGUUUUGUUGUGCUAUAGUAGCUUUAAAGGUGCCAUAGAAUGCAUUUUAUUUUAACCUGUUCUCUGAGGUGUACAUAAAGGUUAUGUGGCAAAAAAAUGCCCAGAUGUAGUUUUACACACCCAUUUACAACCCAGUGAUUUAGCUCUAGAAUGAAACAAGCUGUUUUUCCUUUUUUGGUGAGCUUAUGAAUAAUCUGAUGAGCUCUGCUCUGAUUUGCUGGUUUACAGCGAGGCACCGCGAUGGCUCACGCAAAAGCAACAUGUCAAAAUAGACACAGACAGGAAAAUAAAAUGAGCCUCUUUGUAAAUAUUUAAGGCCGUCACGCUAUUUACUUAGCUAUGCUAAUCAAUUGGAGCUUGCUAGUAGCUAAUGUUACCUUUACUAGCUACUUGUGUUCAAUCUCAACACCACCACAAAGUAAAGUUGUUAACUCACAAUGAACCUUUUAAUGUACGAUAAUUUGGCUUCAGCUGUCAAAAAGUGGAGAAAAUCACACAGCAUGUCUACGUACAGGUUGCUGUUGGGGUUGUGAUGCUAAUAAAGGUGGAACUGCCCCUCCGUCUCUUCAGAGUUAAACACUGAGCGAAGCUGUUUGAUAUUGCCCACAAUUUGAAAAACUGUCUGGAGUAAAACAUGCAGAGCAAACUAACAACUUUGAAUUAAAGUUGUCUGGGAUCCUGUUAAAGAUGUGGGAGCUGAAGUUUUUAUUCCCCAACUUGUUUUGAGAAUUUUCCAUUCCAUCUUAAGUGUCCAUUUUGGCGCCUGUAUAAGCUGUAGCAUUUAAGGUGGAACAGAUUAUUUGAUUAAGAAGCUGGUGAAUAGUACACAAACUUCAGCCUCGUUUAAAGAUGCCUGUUAACAGUUUGGUUCCUUGGGGAGGCUAUGAAAGUGCUAACAUCCCCUUCACAGCCUGAGGCAGUACAUUUCUGCACAUAGUCCACCAUUUUCAUUGCAGUUGCUGCCGUUGUCAUUGUUUCAUUCUUCACAGUACCUGCUAGCCUAGAACGUGGGCUGGUGUAUGUCAAUUUUGAAGGUGUAAAUAUUGUGUCAAGACUGUUUUAUAACAGUUUAGCAUUUUAGAAUUGUCCCAUUUUACUGCCCCCUUUUGUAAAUGCAAGAUUUCAGUUUGAAGGAGGACGAAACUGUGUUUGAAGUUCACAGUAUGUCAGUUUCAUGUACCAAACUUUACUUAUUCAACUAUCAGUGUAAACAGUUUUUCAUUCUAUGGCACUUUUAAAGUAAUACAUCUUAGCAUAACAUGCUGAGAAUUCCGAUGGACCAUUUAUGUGCAUAUAGUUCCACCAGGCUUCAUAUUCCAAGUGCAAAUUUGGCGUCACCUGUUCGUGUAUAUAAAAGUUUGGUCCAGAAUUUGGUUUUGAUUUUGCCAAAUGUGAAUGUAUUGUAAAUUCAAAGUUUGCUUGUGUUCAUUGUAUUAUUUCUACUGAUGUUUAGAGCAUUUUUUUUAACCUCUAAGUUAUGAAAUGCAAAAUGAUAGAGAAUGUAUUUCAGAGCAAAGUUGGAUUUUAUAAGGCAAAGAUAACUUUGCACUACACUGUUGUCUUCAAACUAUUUUCUGUGGGUGCGCUUCUCAUUACUGGAUAUAUAUCAGUAUAAUUAUGGCUGUUCAGUGUAAGCUACAGUUAACUCAUAAAUGAAUAAAGCUUUCAGAUGUAUUGCUUUGUAAUGGACUUCUUUAGCUGUGUGGAAGUGAGUUUGUUAAAAUAAAAAGCUGGAUUUCAAACCA